GAGCCGCGAUUAAAGGUCGAUGACGAUGCAACGGGUUCAAGAUCAGGACAAUGGGAUCAACAUCAAGUUCGGCCCGGGCAAUAAGCCCCGGAAGGGCGACUACAGGCCGGUGUCGCAGAGCCCCGAUGACAACAAAGACCGUCGAAAUGGGACCAGUAAGCCAGCGAAAGAUGAGAAGGCUGAGGAGGAGUUAGUCCCACCGGAUGGAGGCUGGGGAUGGCUGGUGCUCCUGGCCGCCGUCAUGGUCAACCUUCUUAUCCCCGGCACCAUCAAGUCCUUCGGGGUGUUGUUCGUCGAAUUCCUCGACGUGUUCGACGCGUCGCCGUCGGCAGCUGCAUGGAUACCGUCGCUAUGUUACUUCCUGUACAGCUCGCUGGGCCCACUCUCUAGUGUACUUUCGGUUAAGUAUUCCUAUCGUACGGUAACUUUAAUAGGAGGGACAUUUGCCGCGGCGGGGAUGAUGCUGAGUUAUUUCGCGAAUUCUGUGGCCUUUCUAUACGUUAGUUAUGGUGUAUUCGUAGGUACGGGUGCUGGAUUAGCGUUUCCUCCGACUGUAUAUAUCGUGACAUCUUAUUUUGUACGGCUACGAGGACUCGCCAACGGGCUCUGCAUAUCCGGCAGUGCAUUAGGUUCAAUAUUUCUUCCGCCCGUUCUGGGCUUUCUUCUACGCGAGUACGGCUACAGAGGCGCAGUGUUAGUAAUGGGUGCUGUCACGCUAAACGUCUGGGCGAGCGCGCUUCUGUACCAUCCGGUGGAGUGGCACCUGGUGCCAGCUCGGUCUCCAAACGACAGCGACGCGCACGAUAAGGAUGGAGAGACCAUGUCGGUGACCGUCAACAGCAGCCCCGAGCAAACGACGGAGAAGGUCAACGACCAGCUGGCGUCACUGAGCAACUCGGUAAACGACAAGGCUGCACCGAUCGUACCGAAGAGCGCGUCGAGCGUCGCCCUGGAGUAUUACAAGAACACACCGGUGCAAGGCCGCACGCGAAAAAUCAGCAUGCCCACCGGGCGCGAGAUCAGCGGGCAGAUGCACAGCACGCCGGCGUUGCACGCCGUACCGGAGCGCGGCGGUGCCAUGGUCGAUUCCGGCAAGUACGCCAGAACGGCGAGGUCACCGCUGCACUCGCCCAGCGCGUCGUCUUUCAACUACGUCAGUACGCCGUACCACGGUAGCACGCUGUCGGUUCUGCACCCGGAACGCGCGUCCACGUUGACGCUGAACGCCAUUUCCAGCACGUUCAGGAAGUCGACGACGACGACGACGACGGAGCAGAAGCAGCGCGAGCACGAUGAGAAGGAUCAACAGAACAAAUUCUUCGACUUCAGUCUGCUCAAAGAUCCCAUCUACCUCGUCAUUCUCAUCUCCAACUCCACCAACGCCAUCAGCUACACCAACUUCAUCAUUCUACUGCCGGCCUACGCCAUCUCCCUAGGGUUCGACAAUUGGGACGCGUCGCUGUUGCUAUCGAUCGUCUCCAUGCUCGACCUGGUAGGCCGUAUCGGCGGCUCCGCUCUCUCCGACAUCAAGAUCAUGCCCAAGCAUUGGUACUUCGUCGGCGGUUUGCUCGCCUCCGGGAUCUCCUUGGCCAUCCUGCCCACUUCUGACACGUACGUCAUGCUGUCCAUUUAUUGCUCUUUCUUCGGUCUCGCGUCCGGCAUCUACGUCGGCAUCACCGCCGUCAUCAUGGCUGAUAUGCUGGGCACGGAGAAGCUCACCUCGUCCUACGGCAUCUCGUUGUUCGUCAACGGUGUCAUUCAAUUGGUGGGUCCGCCGAUUUGCGGCAUAGUGUUCGAGCAGAUCGGCAGCUACGGACCAAUCUUCAGUAUACUAGGCAUCAUUCUGGUGUUCGGCUCGUCUCUUUGGGGCAUAGUGCCGUUCAUCCGGAGGAGGCAGGCAGCGUUAAAGAAGCCCGCCAGUAUAGACAAAGUAUAAUAGACCAAAUAAACUAAGUAAAGUAUAGACGUCUGUUUUCAUCCUUAGUAUCUCGAGAUCGUAGAUUUUUGUUUUUACAUUUUCGAAUUUGAGUUUUUGGGAUAAUCGUGUAUCGUAGACAUAUACACGAGCGAGCGAGAAAACGAUCUCAAGUUUUCGAAUUUUAAAAUGUAAAAUUAUGAGAAAGAAGACCAUCGAGUCGCGUGCGACUCGACAUUUUGCGGGGGAGGGCACACAUGAGCUUAAUUGCGCGGUUGCCAAAAAAAGCAGCCAUGCGAGUAGCGUAUAUUUAAGUGCGUAAGAGAAAGAGAGAAAGAGAGAGAGAAAGAGUGAGAAAGUGGCUGAAUAUUAUAAUUAUAUAAUAUUAAAAUUAUAUAAUUAUAUAAUAUGUAAUAUUAAACUGUGAUGUUAGCACGAGUGUCGUGUAUUGAUGCUACAUUGACGAAGUCUUCGGCCCGAGCGAGUUACAGCGAAAAGAAGCGUCGAAGUUUUCGCUUAGUCCGGCGACUUUACAGUCCACGAACUGUCUACGAUGACUAAUUGCCGAAUAAUUAUUAAAUGUAAUAACUAUACAUAUAAUUGAACGUCAAAGUGCGGUAAAUGUGAGAAAAUCUUAUUGUAUAUCAAGCACUUCUUUGUCUAUUAUCUUGAGUAAUUACUGAUGUUUGUACGUAAGUGAUUAAUUCGUACAAAACGUUCAUCUCGGGAACGAAAAACGUUUAAUUCUAUACUGUCGUUACAUUUCUCAUUAACGAUUUGAACGAUGACAGUUUAAAUUUAGAAAGUAAUCUUUCUUUGGAAGAGAUUCACUCUAAAUACUUAUCACAUUUAUCUGCAAUUUUGAUUAGUGUGUAUAGAGUGAAGUAUGUUCUAUCAUUUUUAGAAUAUUUUUCUUAUGAUGUAAAAUGGAAUGCUGCAUGUGCA